AUAUGCGGCGGUUAUGUAUUCAGUUCUCUGCCUUUUCUCCACUGUCAACAUGGCUCUCAGAGAUAUGAUCACAGUGACAGCCAUUCUCCUCUGCUUCAUCCUGGGCCUACUCAUUCCAGCUCCAGCUACCUGUUCCCAAUUGAGCAAAACCUGUUGUACGAGAUACAAUAGGAAGCCAGUGCCCUUCCAGCGUAUAAAAGGGUACAGAGAACAAACUGCCAUCGAAAACUGCAACAUCGAGGCGAUCAUUUUCUACACAGUAAAGAACACUGAGAUAUGUGCAACACGGAGGGACGAGUGGGUGAGGAAAAUCCUGCAAUUACUCAGUUCCAAACUGAAGAAGAUGUCCAAGGUCGGCUCACCUCCAGGUGAGACUCCGGUGAAGAAACGUGAAAAUCCCUCAUUACAUGAUGGAAGUGGAUCUUUCUUCAGUACCACAGAAUCAUUCCUGAAUGACACCGGAAGUUUCUAUUAGCAAAAACCAGGUUGUGGCCUUAGAGACGUGCAGUUAAAGAAUUCAUCUUAUGAAAGUGCCAGUUUGAGGGAAUGUUUGAGAGAAACUGAACCUGCUGUAAUCAAAUUAUGUUGGCGUUAUUAUCUCUGAAAAAGAAAUGCUAAUUACUUUUACUUGCCAUUUACUCAGCCAUUUAACCAUGUUUUAGUGAGCAUCUGUUUUUAUAAUCAUGCUUUUUUAACUAUGAUGUUUCCUUCUCCACUGUGAAUCUGCUUUAUCAUAUUAAUCAUCCAAUACAGAAAUUCUCAUACACAAAUAAAUUUACUUGAUAAGUA